AUGGCGACCAGUGGCUUGUUCACUUAUCAUGAUCUUUAUGCUGGUAGACCUGAAAGCUACCAUCAUCGGAAGACAUUUCGAUUAUUAUCAUCCGAUACGACGCAAAUUUCGCCAACAUUAACCACGGUUAUUGAUACAUUAUCGUCGACAAUCGUUCCAAUAGAAUCCAAUUCGUCAACAACAAUAGAAUACGAUAAUAAACUAAAACAAUUCGUUCAACAAAUUCCAUUUACUUAUUUUCACUGGUUUCUGAUCGGCUUAGCAGCUCUGUUAGCACUAUUACUGACUGUUGUUUUCACAUAUUAUUGUCGUAGUUAUUGCAGAAAACAUAAAAGAUCUUGCGAGGAAAAGAAACAACCAUUUCCAAGCUUUUAUCGAUUUCGAAAAAACAAUCAACCGGGAAAAGCAAACAACGUUUUCAACACAACGUCAUUGUAUCCAUUUCCAUCUCCUACACGUCCAUGUCCAGUUAAACCGAUAGAUCGUCGUAAUAGUCGACUUCUUCGGGAAGGUCUCGAUGCCGUUGGUUCUCCACAUGUUUCACGUACUGAUGUAAGUCAAACUGAACCAUCGAGUUCAUUUAGCAGUUCGGCGUCCGAUUUGCUGGCAGAAAUCAAAGGCCGAUUGAGUAUUCAUUCGUCUAAAGCGCCACAGGAGAAGAAAACAGUGUACGAAACACAGCGUGCAAACAUGGCCUUAACAGAUGAUGUUAAGGAUUCGUCGUUACUUGUUGAUAUUAACUAG